UGAUCACAUGGUGACCUGUGAGCGGGAGGCUGCCGAAGCUCUGGCAGCACUGGCCUGCUGCUCUAAUGCCUCGGUUUCCGCCGAGCUUCAUUGCUCCAGUCAGCAGGGAGCCAUGUUCCCUUCUGCUCCCCAUACCUCUCAGGUAAUAAAGAGAAAAGAACUAGAAGGAUGGAGAAGCAGAAAUUGAUACUAUUUUUCACAGAAGAGAGGUGGGCUAUACAUGUAAUUACUAUACCAUGUGUGGGUUCUGCUUGAAUUUUGUUGCAUCGCCGAGCUUGAAGAUUGGCAGCCAAGUGUUUGAUCCUUCUCUUCAAUGAAAAUCAAAGGAAAGACAGUGGAAACUGUGUGGUGUUUGUCUUCUCUAACGUAUUAGGCAUUGACUUUUCCCACAAUAAUAGAAAUCUACCCGAAAGAACGUAAAGAAAAUUGCAAGAAGGUGGAGCACGAUAGUUUAUUUUGAAGCCAAAAAGAACAUCCAAAAGCAAGGAAAAAUAUUUACUUAGCUUCUGGGAAUGGAUAACAAAUUGGUAAAAGAAAUAAGGACGAGAACUAUAGGAAUAGUCUUCUGUUUUGCCUUCUCUUGUGCCUUUCUCCUUAUUCUUGGCUGUUGAAAGCCUUUAUGGGCAGACUUAUGUUGACAGUUUGAUUAGUCCCACUUCUGGAAAGACCAGAGUUAUACUGGCUAGGCUUCUCUCUUCUUCGCUCCAUGUUCUGAUAUUUGCUUCUCAAAUUGAAAAAUGUAAAUCUUGAUGUAAAAAAGGAGAGGAAGCUCUAGCCAGGGAAGUUCCUGAAUAGGUUGAAAGAUUUUGCCCAAUUAUCAAUUCCAUGGUGCAAGGUAUAAGAUCUCAAUUAUGGUGGUGUCUCAAAUUCUUACUACACCGAUCCUCUAGUUUUAAGGAUCAAGCAAUAGCAGUCCAAGAGUGUUGGGGAAAUACAAAUAACAUGGUUAGAAGUGCUUUAAGGGCUGAGGAAACUGUUAGAAUUGUGGAAUGCACUACUAAAAGUUAUCAAUCAAAUUCUGCCAACAGGUCAAGGCAAAAUUUGACGGAGGCUGAGAGGGAAGCUCGAAGGCUUCGCCGAAUCUUAGCAAAUAGAGAAUCUGCCAGACAGACAAUUCGUCGCAGACAGGCUAUGCACCUUGAGUUGAUCAAGCAAGCAGCUGAUCUGUCUGAGGAGAACAAGAAUUUGAAGAAGGAAAAGGAGCUGGCAGUGAAGGAGUACACUUCUUUGAAAGGUAGAAAUGAAUUUCUCAAGCUGCAGUUGGCUAAUAUAAAGAAGGCUGAACAAAGAGAAAUGCAAGAAGCUCCUAAUCCAUCUGCGGAAGAGAUACCUAGUUCUGCUACUACGGGUGCUCCUAUUCUUUUAUAUUACCAGCCUUCUAUAUCGCCUUUCCUCUGGCCCUCGAUUUUUGCAUCUUCAAAUGGUUGUCACUUGCAAUGUGCGUCGCGUUCUGACAUCAUAAGUUCAGCUAUGCACCGCAUAGAUAUGCCCUCUUUAAAUCAAGGACAAGAACUGUAUACGAAACUAGGACAUCCCUUGUUUGUAUUAGCAGUACCCUGGCUACUUCCCUUUCUCAGUGGUAGCAAUACAAUUCACUCUCAUUGUGAUACUAAUAAGAGACAAAAUGAGACUUCAUCAACUCGUCAAUGCAGUUUUUCAUCAUCCUCGGACAGUCUGUUCGUGAAAGAUGAGCAUCAGUUAAUAUCAAACCUAAACAUGAUGAUGGAGGCUUCCAGUUCUGCAAGAGCUAUGCCUGUGGAAAACGUCUGUGCAGCUGGAUUCACAUCUCUGGCGGAUGAAACUUGCAAUUUCACUGCUGUUUCUGCCCCUGGGCAUACAUCACGUGGACUAGCCAAGAAGAAUCAAGAGCCAAUUAUCCGCCGCAAUGAAGAUCCGGAGAACGUGUUUGCAGCAACUACGGCAAGGCGGAAGAGGAAGGAAUUGAUGAAACUAAAGAACAACCGCUCCCAACUUGUUCAUAUACAUAGCAAGAAUCUUUCGGUCUCUGGUUAAGGUGGAAUCGCAGAGGAAAGGUCGUUGAAACUUUUUGCUUGAGAAGGAAAAAUAUGAUGGGAAUACUUAAAAGAGUUCUAGCAAAAAAUGGUUAAAAAGCUCAAGGAUCAGAGUGGAUUCUGUGCAAGAAAUGACUCUAUUGGAAUGUUAAUUAUCUUGAAGCUGUUCUGUUCUGCUCUGUAAAUACUGAAGAUGGUAGCAACUCAAUCUCUGUAACAUAUGCAUAGUUGGAAAUCAGCAUAAUCUUGGAGCUUACUCUUUCCGUAGGCCUGUUUUGUCUGAACGACUGCUCUGGAAGUUCUUUGGGAAAGAGGGAGACUCCCAAGUUCUGUAUUAAUGCAGGUUGCCCAGUUAAGCGGCAUGCUUAAUGUAAUAUCUUAACUUGUAACCCCUUCUACUAUGGAGUGGCAUCUUAGUAUAUGGUCUAUGGAGAUGGUAUUGAAGA